CAGUGGAAACGAAACCUCCGAGUGGCGUGCAGCGUGUAUGAGCUUUCAGAAUCGUAUAUGUUUACGUCGUGUGGUCAUUCGUUCGUGUCAACUGCUGUGAUUAUCAACCAACGGUGGAGGAUUGUUGCUUGCGUGGAUUGUACUACUGCUACUCGCCAUGCAUCUAGAAAAAACAACAAAGACGCGAGAGAACUUUGGUGGCUGGGUGCUGCCCGUGGAGCAGAUGGACAAUCUUAAAAAGAAGCCAUAUUUGUAUAAUGCAAGUGCUGGCUCGGUAUUGGAACUUCUGUUCCUGCAGAGGUUAUGGAUGUGGUGCCUGAAGUUUGUGCCUGAAAAGGAUGGCCCGUGUCUUCUCACGUGUUCAGGACUUGUAAUAAAUGUGUGUUGCUGUUUACUUCUACUAAGCUACAGCAGUGAUCUUCGCUCAGAGGCACCAUGGUGGACCUUUGUGCUGUGUGCAUUGUCUUUGUUCCUGUAUCAACUGUUGGACGCUUUAGAUGGCAAGCAGGCCAUCAAGGUACAGAAUACCCCACUGGAGGAAGUUUACGACCAUGGUUGUGAUGCCCUGUCUACUUUUUUUGUCACUACAUCUAUUUCCAUCGCCAUGCAACUGGGUGAUUCUCCCGCACUCUUGGUCACCUUUUUUUUUCUGUCUGCGGUGGCGUUCUACUCCACCCACUGGCAGGACUAUGUGACUCAUGUGAUGAUCUUUGGCAAGAUUGAUGUCUCCGAGUGCCAAUGUUCCAUGAUGGCUGUGCACCUUUUGACAGCUAUCUAUGGCCAGAAACUAUGGACUCAGAAUGUACUUUACGGUAUUCAACUACGUGAGAUUCUGAUGUUUAUGUCCUUUUGCUGCCUGGUCGUUGCAAUAUUGGGCAACGUUCGUAUCGUCCUUGGCGGGAAGACUCCUCUUGAUGGCCUUGUUAAGAUUCCUCGUCGUACGGAGCGCACGUUGUACCCUAUGGCUGCCCUUGUGAGCCUGUCUACUUGUCUCUGGGCUACCUUCAAGACAGGUCUCAUGAUUGCCCACCCUGUGAUGUUCCUGGUCACGUAUGGCUUUGCUUUUGCAAAAAUCACCAUCAGGCUAGUGCUGACAACGGUGUCCUACGGGGAGUUAGACCUUUGGGACAGCAGUCUGGUAGCACCGCUGUUCCUCUGCCUGAAUGCUCUGCUCAAUGCAACGCCCCUUUCACUACCCAUCUCUUCAGCACUUAUGUGCGCUAUGGUGUACAGCGUGAUGGACUUUACCCGUUACUUCACCUACGCCAGUUGGGACAUGCGGGAUGCGUUGGACGUGUGGAUAUUUUCUCUCAAGUACCCCGUUGGAGACCCACGCUGUCGCAAUGGCAAUAAUGGCGUCUAUCUCACAGGCCUCAACAACGAGGAGCUACUUGAGAAGACACGUACAGAAGCAUCUGCCACUGGUGUUGGAGCAGUGUCGUCCAAUGGCACAAAGCAAAAAGGUGGCAAGCUGAGGCUACGAAAGUACCUUGGCCGUAGCGUGGGCAAGGAGUGCCUCAACUAAUCAAUCGAGGAUGGUCAUAGCACACAGAAAAUAACGCAAAGAAGCGGGAUGGCAUGAUGUUGAGGUUCUGUUUAAGUGCUAGUUCUCAACAUACUUUGCCAAUGGCAUGUGUACUAACCCACCAACUCAUUGCCACCACAUUGAGCCGGCUAUAGGUGGUACCCGAGCACAAGGAAUCAAAUCAAGUGAAAGGAAUCACAUUAUGCCAACCUUAAUUAUUAACAGCAACUGUAGCUGUUGCUUCGCAGGUUAUGCAAGAAGGUGUCUGAAAGUUUAUUUUUACAGAAAAUAAAAACAAACAAAAUAUUA